CCAGCCGCGUCCUCUGCGCGCCCGGAGGGACUGACGGACGGACAGACGGACGGCGCGCCCUUGAAGCCGCUGUGGUUGCGGGCCCAGGGCUGCGCAUGCCGCGCGAGGAGUGACUCUGCAGCACCCCAGGUGCGCCGUGCCCCCCGCCCUCGCUCCGUGCCACCCUCAGCGCCCCUCGUCCCCGUCCUUCCUCUGUGCUGCUUGAGGUGACACCCUCGGCAGUGGUGAGAAACUUCACACCAAGGAUGUUUCACUUAAGGACUUGUGCCACUAAGUUGCGGCCCUUGACGGCCUCACAGACUGUUAAGACAUUUUCCCAGAACAGACCAGCAGCCGCUCGGACGUUUGGGCAGAUCCGGUGCUACACUGCCCCCAUGGCUGCAGAGCCCUUCCUGAGCGGGACUAGCUCCAACUACGUGGAGGAGAUGUACUAUGCCUGGCUGGAGAACCCCAAGAGCGUCCACAAGUCAUGGGACAUUUUUUUCCGAAACACCAAUGCCGGGGCGGCCCCAGGCACUGCCUACCAGAGCCCACUGGCCCUGAGCAUGGGCGCCCUGUCUGCCGUGGCCCGAGCACAGCCCCUGGCGGGCACCCAGACCAACGUGGACAAGCUGGUGGAGGACCACUUGGCAGUGCAGUCUCUCAUCAGGGCCUACCAGAUACGAGGGCACCAUGUAGCACAGCUGGACCCCCUGGGAAUUUUGGAUGCCGAUCUGGACUCCUCCGUGCCCGCUGACAUUAUCUCAUCCACAGACAAACUUGGCCUGGCCGGUUUCCAGGAGCGGCUGCGAGUGCUCACAGUGGGAGGGUUCUAUGGCCUGGACGAGUCUGACCUGGACAAGGUCUUUCAGCUGCCGACCACCACCUUCAUCGGCGGGCAGGAGUCGGCGCUGCCGCUGCGGGAGAUCAUCCGUCGGCUGGAGAACGCCUACUGCCAGCACAUCGGGGUGGAGUUCAUGUUCAUCAACGACCUGGAGCAGUGCCAGUGGAUCCGGAGGAAGUUCGAGACGCCGGGGGUCAUGCAGUUCACCAACGAGGAGAAGCGCACUCUGCUGGCCCGGCUCGUGCGGUCCACGAGGUUCGAGGAGUUCCUGCAGCGGAAGUGGUCGUCCGAGAAGCGCUUCGGCCUGGAAGGCUGCGAGGUGCUCAUCCCAGCCCUCAAGACCAUCAUCGACAAGUCCAGUGAGAACGGCGUGGACCAAGUGAUCAUGGGGAUGCCGCACAGGGGACGGCUGAACGUGCUGGCGAAUGUCAUCAGGAAGGAGCUGGAGCAGAUUUUCUGUCAGUUCGACUCGAAGCUGGAGGCCGCCGACGAGGGCUCUGGGGACGUGAAGUACCACCUGGGCAUGUACCACCGGCGGAUCAACCGCGUGACCGACCGCAACAUCACCCUGUCGCUGGUGGCCAACCCUUCCCACCUCGAGGCCGCCGACCCCGUGGUGAUGGGCAAGACCAAAGCCGAGCAGUUCUACUGUGGGGACACCGAGGGGAAGAAGGUCAUGGCCAUCCUGCUGCACGGGGACGCGGCGUUCGCGGGCCAGGGCAUCGUGUACGAGACCUUCCACCUGAGCGACCUGCCGUCCUACACCACCCACGGCACCGUGCACGUGGUGGUCAACAACCAGAUUGGCUUCACCACGGACCCCCGCAUGGCCCGGUCCUCACCCUACCCCACCGACGUGGCCCGGGUCGUGAACGCCCCCAUCUUCCACGUGAACUCGGACGACCCGGAGGCCGUCAUGUACGUGUGCCAGGUGGCUGCCGAGUGGAGGAACACCUUCCACAAGGACGUGGUGGUGGACCUGGUGUGUUACCGGCGCAACGGCCACAACGAGAUGGACGAGCCCAUGUUCACACAGCCGCUCAUGUACAAGCAGAUCCGCAAGCAGAAGCCGGUGCUGCAGAAGUACGCGGAGCUGCUGGUGUCGCAGGGCGUGGUCAACCAGCCUGAGUACGAGGAGGAGAUCUCCAAGUACGACAAGAUCUGCGAGGAGGCCUUCGCCCGCUCCAAGGACGAGAAGAUCCUGCACAUCAAGCACUGGCUGGACUCCCCCUGGCCUGGCUUCUUCACGCUGGACGGGCAGCCCCGGAGCAUGACCUGCCCCUCCACGGGGCUGGAGGAGGACAUCCUGACGCACAUCGGCAGCGUGGCCAGCUCCGUGCCUGUGGAGAACUUCACCAUCCACGGAGGGCUGAGCCGGAUCCUGAAGACGCGUGGGGAGCUGGUGAAGAACAGGACCGUGGACUGGGCCCUGGCGGAGUACAUGGCGUUCGGCUCCCUGCUGAAGGAGGGCAUCCACAUCCGGCUGAGCGGCCAGGACGUGGAGCGGGGCACCUUCAGCCACCGCCACCACGUGCUGCACGACCAGAACGUGGACAAGAAGACCUGCAUCCCCAUGAACCACCUGUGGCCCAACCAGGCCCCCUACACGGUGUGCAACAGCUCGCUGUCUGAGUACGGGGUCCUAGGCUUCGAGCUGGGCUUCGCCAUGGCCAGCCCCAACGCGCUGGUGCUCUGGGAGGCCCAGUUUGGCGACUUCCACAACACGGCCCAGUGCAUCAUUGACCAGUUCAUCUGCCCCGGGCAGGCCAAGUGGGUGCGGCAGAACGGCAUCGUGCUGCUCCUGCCCCACGGCAUGGAGGGCAUGGGCCCAGAGCACUCCUCCGCCAGGCCCGAGCGGUUCCUGCAGAUGUGCAACGAUGACCCCGACGUCCUGCCGAACCUCCAGGAGGAAAACUUCGACAUAACUCAGCUCUACGACUGCAACUGGGUGGUGGUCAACUGCUCCUCGCCCGGCAACUUCUUCCACGUGCUGCGCCGCCAGAUCCUCCUGCCCUUCCGGAAGCCGCUGAUCGUCUUCACCCCCAAGUCCCUGCUGCGGCACCCCGAGGCCAGGACCAGCUUCGACGAGAUGCUCCCAGGGACCCACUUCCAGCGGGUGAUCCCGGAAAACGGCCCCGCAGCCCAGAACCCAGAAAACGUGAAGAGGCUCCUGUUCUGCACCGGCAAGGUGUACUACGACCUCACGCGCGAGCGCAAAGCGCGGGACAUGGUGGAGCAGGUGGCCAUCACGAGGAUCGAGCAGCUGUCGCCGUUCCCCUUCGACCUGCUGCUGCAGGAGGUGCAGAAGUACCCCAACGCCGAGCUGGCCUGGUGCCAGGAGGAGCACAAGAACCAGGGCUACUACGACUACGUGAAGCCGCGGCUGCGCACCACCAUCAGCCGCGCCAAGCCCGUGUGGUACGCCGGCCGGGACCCCGCGGCAGCACCAGCCACCGGCAACAAGAAGACCCACCUCACGGAGCUGCAGCGCCUGCUGGACACAGCCUUCGACCUGGACGCCUUCAAGAACUUCUCGUAGACGCUGCCUGGCCGCCGGGCCCCAGCCCCGUCCACCACUGCCCCCGCUUCUCGAUUAAAGAAUACAUAGUGCCUCCCUCCGCGCGCCCACGCCUCCGUGUGCCCACACUCCUCGCCCCUUCGCCGCUGCUGUCCUCGCAGGGCCGGGCGGCUCCGAGCUUCCCCGCUGAGCAGCCUUCAGAGGCUGUGGGAGCUGGGGGAGGGCGCCCCCAGGUGUCCUGGGAGGGUCGGCCAGCCGCACCCCAGCUCCACCCAGAAACAGGCCUGGGGCUUUCCACCCAUCAGGGGGUCCUCUUCCUGGGUGGAGCCUGACACCUGGCAGGACCAUUGCCUCAGAGGCCCAGUGGAGGGGCGGGCGGCUGAUGGGCCUGACCCUGACCUGACAGAGCCGCCCGCUCCCGUGUCCACUGCACUUCUCAGAGGGUCUGGUGGGUGUGGCCAGAGGAGGGAGUCAGAAGCUCCAAUGGCCCACAGCCAGGGCGGCCACGGUCUGACGUCCGGCUCCUGCCACCUUCCCUCGGCCUCACAGCGCCCCGACUUCUCACCUGGCCCCUUCCGCACCGCGGAGACCAACUGGGAAUUCUCUCUCUGCUGUGCCAAAGCUGUUAGGGGGCGAGGCGGGGCCUCCCCCCGCGCCUGUCACAGGGACAGAUCUGAUUUAUUUAUUUUGGUUUAAAAAAAAAGGGUAAAAACACUUUGCGUUGCAUUUGGCUUGACUUGUAAACUAAGUUAUCCAUGAA